AUGACGGGCUCCAUUGGCGUGGCUAUAAUUGGAAGUGGCAUCUUUGUGAGGGAACAGCAUCUCCCAGCAGUUCAGAAAUCCGAGGACCUGGAACUCAAGGCAAUUUACUCUCGCUCUCUCAAAUCUGCCCAGAGCGUUUCAGAAGGCCUCUCGGGAGUAUCUCUAUACAGCAAUGACAGCCAAGAGGGAUACGCCGACUUGCUGAAGCGUGACGAUAUUGUCGCCGUUAUCAUCGCGCUCCCCAUUCCAUCACAGCCCGACUUUAUCAAGCAGGCACUCGAUGCUGGCAAGCAUGUCCUGGCCGAGAAGCCACUCGCCAAGGAUGUCGAGACGGCCAGGCAGCUCAUGGACCACUAUCGUGGGCUCAAGGGGCAGGCAACCUUUGGCGUCGCCGAGCAGUUCCGUUACCUGAACUCGUAUUUGCAUGGCGCUUCUGAGAUCGCCAAGCUUGGCCGCGUCCUGGGCUGCCAGCUGCGCCUACACUUUACUGUCAAUCUCGGGACCAAGUAUAUUGAAACUCCCUGGCGCAAGACUCCUGAAUUCUCUGGAGGUUUCCUUUUAGAUGGCGGGGUUCACCAGAUUGCAGCUCUGCGGUUGAUGCUCAAGGGCGGUGGCGUCAAGGUCCAGAAAGUAUCGGCUUUUACGACGCAGCUGCGCGAGUGGCUCCCGCCUGUCGAUACGGUAGACGCAACACUAUUGCUGGAUUCAGGCGCCACGGGCUUUCUGAGCAUGAGCUUUGGCUCGUCGUUUGACGAUGCCGAAAUUGCCGUGGCCUGCGAGCGCGGCACCGUCAGCGUCGACCGCAACGGCAACGUCACGGUGCGGGCGGCGGGCGAAAAGGAGGCCGCGACGGUCCACAAGCCCAACGAGGAGGGCGGCGUCGCGACCGAGGUCUGGGCCUGGGCGCGGAGCAUCAAGAAUGGCAAGCCCGACGCGGAGCAAUCCCCCGAGGAGGCGCUGGCGGAUCUCGAGAUGCUGGAGGCAUUGUUGAAGAGUGGAGAGCAGGGGGGCGCGCCUGUUCAGUUGAGUUUGCAGAUUUGA